CUACUGCAGCAAAAAAAAAAUUUAAAAAAAGAAACAUGGCUGGACACUUUACAGCAUUUUCUCUUUGGGAACAACAGCUUUCGGCCAAACACUAUUUUUGUGGAAGGAGAAGAAGGGGGGGAGCAGAAGUGGGUUGUGUGCGGGUCAGAGCCCCGCGCUGGGGCCCAGCAGCCCCUUCCGUGCAGGCAGCGGCAGGGUCACUGAGCACAAAGCUGCCUCAGUUUCCAUGGCCAGGGCUGGCCGCGGGGGCUGCUGGCCUGACCCUACCUUCUCCCACAGGUUGUUACCCUGGAAAUGCAGCGACUGAGGCUGUCCUGGGUGGCAGAGCUUCACACGCUGCAAGAAAGCAUCACGGCAAAGCAAAUUCCGUCCUUGCAAUUCCCUUGUCUUUGCAGCUGCAACCUUCUCCUCCAGCACUGCCUUUGCCGACCUGGCCGAGAAAGUACUCCUCGCAGCUCUGCCGUGGGAUUUGUGGCUGUCUGUCACAAGCCGCACUCGUGCACUGCAACGCAGGCGUCAGCAGAGGCCUUCGUGGUGAACAUGCUCCUCCAAGGAGACUGGCAAUAAAUUCACACCCACUCGCGUGUAAAAACAUCUUCGGGCCAUGGGUAGGCCAAGUCCGCUUUGAGGGCAAACUCUGCCACCCCCUGGCCACAGCCAGACAGAGCACAUUGGCUGAGGGUUUGGUCUUAAAAUAUGGGUUUUGCUUAAACCGCACCAGAGAGACAGCAGAGAAGUCGUAGCUGCCCUCAUCCCAUCGCUUGUGGAGCGUUACCAAAGGACUCUUGGGCUGUACAGGUCUCCUCCCAACUUUACUCUUAGCAAAUCUGAAUUUUUGCAACAGGGACCCAAGAAACUCAGGUGUAUCGCAACUCGGCAGCCCUCAAUAGUGUUGUCCAACUCGCUGCUUGUGCUCAUAGCUAAGGGAAGCCAGGAAUCCCCUCCGCAAAAUGUGCGGCCUCUCCUUUAUGUGAAGCCCAAAUGCUGUAAAGGUGUGCCCGAACUCUGCCUGUGCUGCAGAGCCGCGCGGUGGUGGUCCUCCCCACGAGCCAGGCGCCACCUUGCCCAGCCCUGUCUUUUGGAUGGUCCGCAGAAAUCGGGAAAACACCACUGUCAUCCUAAGAAAGUUAAAGCACAGCUAUGAGGAGAGGGAAGAAAUACCACACGUGAGGGCUCUUUCCAGCAUGGUGUAAGGAAGUGAUGAGAAUUUGUACCCAGGGUUUGAGGGAGCACCUGUGUCACCCAGGGGAAUCAUUUCUUUAUGACAGCCAGGCUUAACUAUAAAACUGCCUAGCAGGAACCAUACUUCCACCAGGAAAUUUCUUAAAGCAGUGCAAAAGCUUGAAUCCAAACUCUCCUUCUCAGCAAACUGUUACUCUCCGAAACCAGUAGCUCUGAUAAAGCAUGCGGGCAAGCGAGAGACAACGCGAGGGACAGCAACAGGCGCCCUGGAGAAGCAGCACGGCUCCUGAAGGGACGCGCUCGGGGGGAAGGCUGGCAUGACGCAAAUCAGGCGACUGUUGUGCACUCUGCUCCAGCAGCCAGCGGGCACAGAGGUCGCCCUGGGCGGCGCACCCAGCGCACAUAUAAAGGGCGAGGAGCAGGAAAAGGCAGCUCGCCUCCCCGGACGAGGGCUGCUCGCAGGUGAACAGAAACUGCCUCGAGUGACCCGAAAGCUGUGGAAAUGGCCUCUCAUCACGUGAUUACGAUCCAGCCUCAGUUUUCCAGUCCUCCACAGGCGAGUGAAUGGCAGACGGGGUUGCUGGACUGCUGCUCUGACUGUGGAGUGUGUAUAUGCGGCACCUUCUGCUUCAUUUGCCUGGGAUGUCAGGUGGCCGGGGACAUGGACGAAUUCUGCUUGUGUGGCUCAAGCGUGGCAAUGAGGACACUCUACCGCACCAGAUACAACAUCUCAGGGUCCAUUCUGACCGAUUACCUCAGCAUCCUCUGCUGCCCCUGCUGCUCCCUCUGUCAGUUAAAGAGAGAUAUCAACAAGAGGAAAGAGCUGGGCAUAUUCUGGUAA